CGGGCAAAGCCCGGUGAAGCUAGCAGGUAACUUCCAUUGCUCCAUAUUUCAACAUCAUUUCACACUUUCGUCAGGCUAGUUUUUUAAAUAAUGUAAUGUUCCAGUCAAGAUGGGGCAGUCGAUGUGCAUCUGCUCGCGCGGCUCCAUCACCAUUGAUAGCAAAAAAUACUACUUCUUGCAGAAACUUGACGAGGGUGGUUUCAGUUACGUGGACCUUGUUGAGGGGGUAAAGGACGGUCGCUUCUAUGCCCUGAAGAGGAUCCUGUGUCAUGAUCGAGAAGGCCGCCAGGAGGCCCAGACAGAGGUGGAGAUGCACCAGAUGUUUAAUCACCCCAAUAUACUUAGCCUUGUGGCACACACCGUUGUUGAACGCAACGGAAAGAGUGAAGCCUGGCUGCUUCUGCCGUACAUAAGAAAGGGCAGUCUGUGGUCGGUUCUGGAGAAGCUUCAAGAAAAUGGGAGCUACAUGCCUGAAAAACAGAUUUUAAAAAUCUUUCGUGGGAUCUGUUCAGGUCUCAAGGCCAUCCAUGACAAAGGUUAUGCCCACCGAGAUCUUAAACCUACAAAUGUGCUUCUGAAUGAGGACGACAGCCCCGUCCUAAUGGACCUGGGCUCUAUGAACAGAGCGCGUGUUGAGGUCCGGGGAUCUAGAGAAGCAAUGACUCUACAGGACUGGGCUGCCCAGCGAUGCACCAUUUCCUACCGGGCCCCCGAGCUCUUCAAUGUGGAGAGCUACUGUGUUAUCGACGAGCGCACAGAUAUCUGGUCACUUGGCUGCGUGUUAUACUGCAUGAUGGUGCUGGCGGGACCCUAUGACCUCGUCUUUCAGAGAGGGGACAGUGUCGCCUUGGCAGUUCAGAAUCCUGUGGUCCUUCCACAACCCUGCAGUUACUCGGAGGGGCUGCAGUUGCUGCUGGGCUCCAUAAUGGUGUCCAACACCCAGGCGAGACCGAACAUCAGCUGGGUUCUUGAGCAGGUACAGGACCUGCAGAGUUGCAGCCCAAAUACCCAAACCAAUAUGGUCUGAAAGGACUUUGGCGCACACGGAUAAACGUCUCCGAAAUGGAAAUCCUUAAUUUAUUGAACAGUGUAAAGGUGAAAACACAGAUAUGAAUUAUUUUGAUUUAGUCUGGGAAGUUGCGUGACAUUUUGAAUGGACUCAUGUGGUCCACGUAAGCUUAGAAUCUCCCUUGCCCGCUUUUGCUUUCCAUUGUGUACUUGCGUUUUCAAAACUGUUCCUAUGUGCCUUAUUUGCCCGAAUGAGGUCGUUACAAGCUGGAGACUCGAUGCGGAGCCAGAAGUUUUCACCAAUUAUUGGAAUGGGUUUGCAGGCACCCGAUAGCUCAACAAUAAUCAAUAUUUGCAUUAUCGAUCUUGUUGUGCUCGGUUAAAUCCUCACAAAAUCAUCAUCAGAUAAACCCAUUUCCUAACAGGACCAACAGUUCUUUCAAAUAUAUUUUAAUAAUUCAUUUUGAUCUAAUGUCUGAAGAUCGAUUUGUAAUGGCCUGCAAUGUUCAUGUGGAUGAAAAUAGCCCGAGAUUGACAUUCCGUGCCAAAGGAAAGAUGUUAGCUUCGAUGACAUUGCCACCUUUUUUAAUUGUGUUGUUAUUGGUUCAUAACAUUUGCAUUUUGUAGUUUUGGUAUGUGUAACGCUGCUGUGUUUGCACAUGUGUACUAUAAUAAGUACAUGGAGUAUGGGUCAUUUUGAUAUAAUUUGAUCAAUAGCAGUAAAGACACUUUCAAUUUAGCCCGUUUUUGUAUAUGCUGCCUUGGUUUUUUUUAUAUAGGUAAAUGUCUCCCAUGCUGAAACAACCACGCUUAAAGUCCAAAUUUCAAAAAGUUAUUGAUGCUUUUACAUUGUUGCCAUUCAUAGUAAAGGCAAUCCUUAUUGACAGAGCAAAUGGUGGUCGCCAACAAAAAGACAGUUAUUUUCGUAAUGGUAAAGACAUAAAUGCCUUCAUAAAAAUCGUGUGAGUUGCAAGAUUUACGUGUUGCCCUUCAAACUGCGCAGUUUAUUAUCAUUUUUUUUGUUGCUCUCUGCUAUUGUGUGAAUGCAAAAUGGAUGCCUCGUCCGGCACUUCAGCUCACAGAUCCCGCUGGUGGAUUGCAACAACAUAAUGAGGCUCUCUCCAGUGGCGUUAACAGUAAAGACAGCUUGAGUGACAAAGAAGGACCGUUUUUCAAAUAACCCAAAAAAAAAAAAAAAAACUGAAAGACACUAAACUGCAUUUGUGUUAUUUUUUCAUGGAAAAGGCAUAUUAAGCAAUAGGAGAAACAUCCUAUAUACCCAAAAAUGUAAGUAGCAUAUUCAGGAAAGAUGCUGCAAAUCAUGAAACUCCAUUUGGGAGACAUAAACAUGAAAGGAAUUUUGGCAUUAAAAGUUUGAAAAAUACUGCUUUCAAAUAUUUUUUUUCUUCGAGACAACUAACACCUUUUGAUGGAUAACAACUGCAAAAGGAAGUCCAGUGGCCCAUGUAUUUACCGUUAUUGAUCAAAUGAUAUGAAAGUGACCCAUAUAGUAAAAGGUUACCACUAAAGUUAACUCCACAAUAGCAUAAAAGUAGCAGCGCCUUAUUGCAAUGCCGCUUGUAACCAUACAGUGGCGCUGCAUCAUCACAGGCGAGUUAUUACUUUCCCCCAGACUGUAUCACAAACUAAACUUUUAAUAAUUAGCUGAGACGUUUUAACUGUAAUCUUAUUUUCUUUAUUGUAUUCACCACUGCAGGUAAACAUCAAAUCCCCCCCCACCCCCCCAACUAAGUGUCGGUUUGCAUUCAUGUAUGACUUUUAUACACUUUUGUUCUCUCAGGUCUCGCCCUCAAUGGGUCUCUUAAUUCACUCUUUACAGACUCAAAUGGUACAUCUCAAAAGUCAAAAUUAAAAAAUCGCCAACAACCUGAUUUUGUCUGUGAAUGAAAACACUGUUAAUUAUUUCAAUGAUAUUUCAUUCUCUGGUUCACAAAGUGUUUGGAAGUCUAUGUUUAAUAUUCCAGUAAUGAUAAACAUGAUUUGUGAUGGCUGUUUAUAUAAUAAUUUUAUCAGUGCUCAGAAAAAAACAAUAAAUGUCAUAAAUAGCUCUGGUAUAGUAUUGUAUGUGUGUAUUUGAU